AUGGCUGACGGCGGAAUCGAUCGCAAGGCCGAUGAAAAGAUUCAGUUCUCCACCUCCAAGGAGGUAACGGUUCAUCCGACUUUCGAGUCGAUGUCCUUGAAGGAGAGCCUCCUUCGCGGUAUCUACGCCUACGGAUAUGAGUCCCCCUCUGCCGUCCAGUCCCGCGCCAUCGUUCAGAUCUGCAAGGGUCGCGAUACCAUCGCCCAGGCCCAGUCCGGUACCGGUAAAACAGCCACUUUCUCGAUCUCUAUGCUUCAGGUCAUCGACACCGCCGUGCGCGAGACCCAGGCCCUCGUCCUUUCCCCGACCCGCGAACUUGCGACCCAGAUUCAGAGCGUUGUGAUGGCUUUGGGAGAUUACAUGAACGUUCAAUGCCAUGCUUGCAUUGGUGGCACCAACGUCGGAGAGGAUAUUCGCAAGCUCGACUAUGGUCAACACAUUGUCUCUGGCACUCCUGGUCGUGUUGCCGACAUGAUUCGCCGCCGUCAUCUCCGCACCAGACACAUCAAGAUGCUGGUUCUCGAUGAAGCCGAUGAGCUCCUCAACCAGGGUUUCCGCGAGCAGAUCUACGAUGUGUACCGCUAUCUUCCGCCUGCCACACAAGUCGUUGUCGUCUCUGCCACCCUCCCUUAUGAUGUGCUCGACAUGACCACCAAGUUCAUGACCGACCCAGUUCGUAUCCUGGUCAAGCGUGACGAGUUGACGCUCGAGGGUCUGAAGCAGUACUUCAUUGCUGUGGAGAAGGAGGACUGGAAGUUUGAUACUCUUUGCGAUCUCUACGACACUCUAACUAUUACACAAGCCGUUAUUUUCUGCAACACCCGCCGGAAGGUCGACUGGUUGACCGACAAAAUGCGCGAAGCCAACUUCACUGUCAGCAGCAUGCACGGCGAUAUGCCUCAGAAGGAGAGAGACAGCAUUAUGCAGGAUUUCAGACAGGGCAAUAGCAGAGUGCUUAUCUCGACCGAUGUGUGGGCCCGCGGUAUCGAUGUUCAGCAGGUCAGCUUGGUUAUCAACUAUGAUCUUCCCAGCAACCGUGAAAACUACAUUCAUCGGAUCGGUCGUUCGGGUAGAUUCGGUCGCAAGGGUGUUGCCAUCAACUUCGUUACUAGCGAGGAUGUCCGCAUCUUGCGUGAUAUCGAGUUGUACUACUCGACCCAGAUUGAUGAGAUGCCCAUGAAUGUUGCCGACCUUAUCUCCUAA